AUGGCCGAGUCCGCGGAGCUGGAGGGGGCCCUCCCAGGUCCCCAGGGGCCGUCUGAGGCCCCAGUGCCUCUGGCAGAGAAACCUGGCGAGCCGGGGGCCGCGGGCCGGAGGGCGGAGCGGCAGGAGUCCAGCGAGGGCGCCGCGGAGGCGCCGAGGGGCGAGGGGGCGGGCGCAGCAGCGACGGUCGCGGUGAACCAGGCAGAAGGCACCGAUCCGGACGCAGGGCGCGCGAGCGAGCCGGAGCCGGGCGCGGACAGUGGCCCGGGGGCCGAGACGCAAGGCGCGAGGGCAGCGCAGGGCGAGGCGGAGACCGAGGAGGGCGCCCCGGGGUGCGCCGAGGUCCCCCAGGGAGAGGAGGCUAGCGGCGCAGAGCAGGUGGAGGAGGCGAGCUCCGGCCGCGGCACGCAGGGCGAGGCCUCGAGGGAGAUUCAGGGGGAUCCCGGGGAGACCGAGGUCCCCGGGGCGAAGGAGAAAGCGGAGCAAGGGCCAGAGGAACCCGGAGGCGGCACGCCGGGGGCUCAGGGGGCCAGCAUGGAAGCCUCGGGGCAAGUGGGAGGGGCGCUCGGGGCGGAGGGUGAACCCCGGGACGGAGGGGAUCUCAGCUCCCCGCCCCAGGUCGAGCCCACCGAGGCCGCGGCGGCGGAGAUUGGGGGGUGCGGCCCCGGGGAGCUUGCAGAGGAGCCUGGGGGUGCAGCGGCGGGCGCCGCCGCCGACGAGGCGGGGGCGUCGGGGACAGAGGAGUCGGAGGAAGUGGCCCCCGGGGACUCAAGGGCGGAAGCUGUCGAGGACGGGGACCAGGGUGAACUCCAAGAGGAGAUGGAGGAGGCCGAGGAGGAGAGGCGAGAGCGCGGCCCGGAGGUGCCAGGCGAGCCGGUUGCAGCCGGGGUCGAGGAGGAGCCCCCAGACAGCAGCAGCGCGCGGGCAGAGGCGGCCGCUCCAACCCGGGCGGCGGAGCCCGAGGCCGAGCUCAGCAACCACCUGGCGGAGGAGGGCAGCUUCGAGGGCCGGGAGGAGACGGAGCGGGUGAAUGGCGGAGGAGAGGAUGGCGAGACGUCAGAAGAGGGGGCCCCGAGGCAGGAGCACGACAUCACCCUCUUCGUGAAGGCUGGUUACGAUGGUGAGAGUAUUGGGAAUUGCCCGUUCUCCCAGCGCCUCUUUAUGAUUCUUUGGCUAAAGGGCGUUAUAUUUAAUGUGACAACAGUGGACCUGAAGAGGAAACCCGCAGACCUGCAAAACCUGGCUCCUGGAACAAACCCUCCCUUUAUGACUUUUGAUGGUGAAGUCAAGACGGACGUGAAUAAGAUCGAGGAGUUCUUAGAGGAGAAACUAGCUCCCCCGAGGUACCCUAAGCUGGGGACCCAACACCCUGAAUCUAACUCUGCAGGGAAUGAUGUGUUUGCCAAAUUCUCCGCAUUUAUAAAAAACACCAAGAAGGAUGCGAACGAGAUUUAUGAGAAGAACCUGCUGAAGGCCCUGAAGAAGCUGGAUAAUUACUUAAAUAGCCCUCUGCCGGAUGAAAUCGAUGCCUACAGUACUGAGGACAUCGCUGUUUCUGGAAGGAAGUUCCUGGAUGGGGACGAGCUCACACUAGCUGACUGUAACCUCUUACCCAAGCUCCACAUUAUAAAGAUUGUGGCCAAGAGAUACAGAGAUUUUGAAUUUCCUUCUGAAAUGACUGGCAUCUGGAGAUACUUGAACAAUGCUUAUGCUAGGGAUGAGUUCACGAAUACGUGUCCAGCUGACCAGGAGAUUGAACAUGCAUAUUCAGAUGUUGCAAAAAGAAUGAAGUGAAGCCAGAGUGUUUUCCGUCUUAUUUUCAGCUGUUUGAGCUAGGCUGUGAUACGAGUGUGUUCUUUGUGAGUGUA